AUGAGCGCUGCUCACACAAACGUUGUCGCAGACGUGAUUUCCGGCCCAGUCCCAGCUGAAGCCGUUCCACAAGAUCACGAUGUCGUUGAAGAACGCAAGGAGGAGAAAAAAUAUGCUCGUCAGAACAAUGACCAGGUCGUCGUUGGCGCUGCCGUGGACCUUCACGACUCUGAUGAGCCGACCGAUGAGGAAUACAAGACGUUGAGAAAGGUUCCCGCCGGUAUGAAAUGGGCUUGCAUUGCCAUGUGUACGGUCGAACUCGCUGAGCGAGCCUCGUACUACGGUUGUCAGCAAAUUUUCGCCAACUUUGUCAACAACCCCCUGCCUGAUGGUGGCAACGGUGCCGGAGCCGUCGCCAAGGGUGCCGCCGGUCUGAACCAGAGUGCCGGUGCCUUGGGCAUGGGCUCAGUCGCCGCCACUGCCGUCGGUCAAACCUUUACUUUCCUCGCCUACACCAUUCCCAUUCUUGGAGGUAUCCUUUCCGACACUCGAUGGGGUCGAUUCAAGACUCUCUGCGUGGGUGUCGCCAUCGGUGCCCUUUCACACGUUCUCCUGGUCAUUCCUGCCAUCCCCAAGGUACUUGCCGAGCAACCCGCAAAAUCUCACGCCUUCCCCGCCUUCAUGAUCAUCCUCAUCAUCCUCGCCUUUGCUUCCGGUAUGAUCAAGCCAUGUCUCGGACCGAUGCUGUGUGACCAGUCGCCCGUCAAACGACCGACGAUCAUCACCACGAAAAAGGGCGAGCGAGUCAUCCUUGACCCUCAGACCACGAUCGCCAGAUACUUUUUGAUCUUUUACUGGUGUAUCAAUGUCGGAUCCUUCUUUGGUCUCGCUACUUCUUACGCCGAACGAUUCGUCGGUUUCUGGCUCGCUUUCCUCACACCCGGUAUCGUUUACAUGAUCGUCCCCGUCGUUCUCGUCAUCGCUUCCAAAUCUCUCUACAAGGCUCCUCCCCAAGGAUCCGUCGUCCUCGAGUCCCUCGCUGUCAUGCGAGAGAUCUUCCGACGAGGUGGUCUCCGAAAGAUUUUCAAGCCCAACGAGUUCUGGAUCCUCGCCAAGCCAUCUCACAUUGCCGAGCAGGAUGGUGGAAUUGACACCCACAAGGUCUUCUGGGAUGACCGAUUCGUCGACGAGAUCCGACAGUCUUACGCCGCCUCUGCCGUCUUCUUCCUCAUUCCCGUCUUCUUGCUCGCUGACGGUGGUAUCGGAAACGCUGAGAACGACAUGUCCACUGCCAUGGUUCUCAACGGUAUUCCCAACGAUGUGUUUAACAACUUCAACCCCCUUGCCAUCAUCGUCGCCACUCCCAUCCUCACUUACGGACUUUACCCCUUCAUGGAGAAGAUCGGUUACCCUCUCAAGCCCAUGACCCGGAUGUGCAUUGGUUUCCUGCUCGGAGGUGCCAACAUGGUCAUCGGUGCCAUCGUUCAGAAGAAAAUCUAUGCUACCUCCCCCUGUGGCGACUUCGCCACCAACUGCCCAGCUGGUGUUUCGACCGUCUCCGUCGCUUGGCUCAUCCCGUUGUACACCAUCCCCGCCGUCGGAGAGUUGUUCGUCCUCGUCACCUCGUACGAACUCGCCUACACUCGAUCUCCCGCUCGAAUGAAGGGUCUCGUUUACGCCAUCUGUCUCUCCAACUCUGCGGUCGCUGCCAUCGUUGGACUCGCCAGUGCCGCUGCCAUUGUCGACCCCUACCUCACCAACACCUACAUUGUCCUCGCUGCCCUAUGUUUCUUCCUCGCUCCAUGCUUCCCCAUCUUCUUCAAACACCUGGACCAGCCCAUGUUUGAUUUCCAGGACCGAGAACGAAUGGAGGGAAAGCAUCAGCAAGAUUUCUUCGCCAAGCAUGCUCAGCAGGAAGAUGGAGAGUUGGCUUACAACUCGAACCAUGGUAGAAUGGAGGAUAUCUCUGAAAAGGUGUAG